UGAGAAUUAUUCUAUAAUUUCCUUGUGCUCAUUUACUGAUUUUUAUUUUGGUGAAUGUACUUCAUGUGGGUUCUUCCCACAUGAUCAUUCUGAAGAUCCCUUGGAAGGGUAAAAUCCUAGACACUGAGGUCCUCAAACGCUACUGAAGAAAGCACAACUCCAUUGGGUUGUCCACAUUAUUUGAAUGCCAAAGGUAUACUUGCCAAAAAGACUAUUUUAUGGAAACUCACACAGGGAAAGAUCUCCCUCAAUCCAUAUAUCUGAUUCCACUCCCAUUUUUGCCAUUUCUACCUUCAUAAAGUCUCUCCUAUCCACCCUCUGUAUUCACACAGCUUACUAUUUCAGUUCAAGCCUCCAUCCUCUCUGUUAGAUUUUGCAUGUAACAGCCUUCUAAUUGGAAUCCCUGUUUGAAGUUUUUCACCAUUGCACUCCAUCAUAUGCACUACUGUCAAAAGUAAUCUUCCUCAAGUAUAAUGUUUGGGCUAGCUUUCUGGAGGUCCUUCGGAUGGGCCUUGGUCUCAGCAGGUUAGACACCACAAGAAUGGUCAAGAAUAGAGUCUACAGUCUUUAUUCUGUCCCAGUCUUGAUCUUAGUGGAGAGGCAUGAGAGUAACCAUGAAGCUGGUCAAAAAUAAAAUGUCUAUCUUCCAGUCCUUAUUAGCCCUUAUAAUACCUUAUUGUAAUUAUAUCAUUACAGCAUACUGAUUAUGUGUGAACUUAGAGAACCAUUACAUCACUAUGCUAAGUACUAAGUAAAGAGCAAUCAUCUCAUCAAUUCCACUGACUUGACACCUUGUUUCAAGUAUACUUCUCCAAAGUUUUGCCCUUUACACAUAAGCACAAAUCUAUGCAAACUUCUACUCAGGCAAUUCCAGUGGUUUCCUCUAGGUCAAAAUAAAAUCUCGUGUUUAGCUUUAAAAGCUAAAGCUCCAUACAACCUGAAUUAAACAUCUUUCCAACCUUAUUGGCUUUGCUAUUCGUCUUGUACUUUUUCUCCCUCCCUCCCUCCCUUCCUUCCUUCCUUCCUUCCUUAAUUCAGAAUAUUUGAGGGGACUUAUACUAGUAGAGAAAUCAACAAAGGCCUACUUUAGGAGGUGUAGCACAUGAAUUGAGCCUUGAUAGAUGAAGGGUCAAAUGUAAUACAUUCUUGCCAUGGGAGUCAGUCACUUGUGCAAACUGUAAGCCAGUUUUAACUGGAAUAGUAAUGUGGAGGAUGGAUUAGAGAGGUUAAAAGGUUGUAGGCAGGGAGACUAUUUAGGAGAUUAUACAUGUAGUCCAAAUAAGCAUAAUAAGAGUCUGGACUACAUUAGUAGUUGUAGUAUGAAUAUAGAGAAGGACAAAUACAUCUUCUCUGGGUUGUCUAACUGCAUUGUAAUAUAAUUUUUCAAGCUAUGCAAAAGAAGGAUAAGAUAAAAUGUGGGAAAAAAUUCCAGACCUUAUUAUCUUUGAAAAAAUAUGAUCAAGGAAAUAACAGCUAUCAACCAUAUUCCCACUUUCCCCUUGUCAUAAAAUUGUUUAUACAUUCAUCAAUUUUAUCCUUGAUAAAAGAGAUUUGAAUAGGCAGAAUUUGCUGAUGUUCUAGAGCAGACCACAUCUUUCUAGUCAUAUUGAUGACAUAGAAAUAUAGAUAGUCCUAUUGUGCUUGUUAAAUACUUUUUUAAAAAUUUAAUUUGAUAGAGCAAAAUGACUGUGGGGUCAUAUCCUUUUUGUGAAUCUGUCAAAACCAUAUAGACUUACUUGACUCUUUAAGAGACACCCACCCCCAUGUAUUUUACAUAUACAUCUGGGAAUAAUAUGAUGGGAUUUAUAUGAGAUAGUGUUGUUUGCUGAUUGUACAAUUAAAUUUGGAGUCUCUCUUUUCUGGACAGUAAGAUUGUAAAAUCUUAAAAUUUACUUUCCUUUUACUUAUAUUGGAUUUGGUCUAAGCUAGCAAACACAAUUGACAAAUUUUACAGAAAGUUAUUUCUUCAUGGUUAUGCUUUGAAAUAAAGAUUACAUUUAUCACAAUUGGCAAUGUUAUAGAACUUUUUCUUAAGUUAGAUCUUAACUCAAGUGGCCGACUAGUGGUAGAAAGGAAAAUUGCUUUGGAUCUGUGAUGGGAAAGGGGGAAAAUUGUGCUUUUGCUUUUCAUCUUAGACCAUAAGUUUCGUGUAGGAUCAGCCAUUAACUAUAUAAAGAGGUUUAAAAAAAAAAAAAAAAAAGCUUUUUUGUGAAAUAAAAUUCAAAUUUAAUUCAGAUUUGCAUAAGUGUAAAACCUAAUGCUUUCAGAAAUACCCUAAACAGUCAUUUGUUUAUCUCUGCAACUUUAAAAAAAAAAAAAAAAAAAGAAUGCAUUUGUCUGGGCAAUGUAAAGUAUUUACCCAGCUUCUGGCUGUAUUAAAAAGAAAAAAAGGAGAGGAGAAAGGAGAUACAGAGACACCUUUUAGGAAUAAUUUUUCAUCUUCAGUAUCUGCAAAGGCUUCUCCUUUAACUACAGCAGGAUUUAUUUUUAACUCCUUGGCUCAGUGUUUGUCAGAUGAUUCUGGCCAUCAAACCGUUCGCUAAAGCAUCGAGUGCAGAGGAAGCGAGAAUGGCUAAGGACGGGGGUUGUCUGGGAAGGGGGGCGGGGUUUCGGAGCUCGCGCGCACUCUCGCUUGGGCUCAGCUUCCCAGUCUGGGAGAGAGCUGAGGGAGCGGAGAGAUGGGAUUUGCAGGUCAAAGUGGGAAUUAAAGGGUAAUGGCUGCUUUCAGCUGCUUAAAGACAUAAUUGCUCAAUUAUUGGUGUUUCGUGAAGAGGAAGCUGGGACCUGAGUAUUCACUGUACCGUUUGCUGCUGGGUGGCAAAUUAAUCUUUUUUCCUUUGCUUGAUGUUGCCAUUCUGAAAGCGCCUCUAACCAUGAUCGAUAGCUCCAAGAAGCAGCAACAGGGCUUUCCGGAGAUUUUAACUGCUGGGGAUUUCGAGCCAUUGAAAGAAAAGGAAUGCCUUGAGGUGAACAACCAGAAAAGUCUUAAGGAAGUAUUACAGCUGAGGCUACAACAACGAAGAACAAGAGAACAGCUAGUGGACCAGGGCAUCAUGCCACCAUUAAAGAGUCCAGCGGCAUUCCAUGAACAGAUAAAAAGCUUAGAACGAGCCAGAACUGAAAAUUUUCUGAAGCACAAGAUACGUAGUCGGCCAGAUCGUUCUGAACUUGUCAGAAUGCACAUUUUGGAAGAAACAUUUGCAGAGCCUUCCCUGCAGGCUACACAGAUGAAACUGAAGAGAGCUCGGCUAGCAGAUGAUCUGAAUGAGAAGAUUGCUCAAAGACCUGGCCCAAUGGAACUAGUAGAAAAGAACAUACUUCCCGUAGAUUCCUGUGUUAAGGAAGCAAUUAUAGGAGUUGGACAAGAAGACUAUCCCCAAACUCAAGGUGAUUUCUCAUUUGAUGAAGACAGCAGUGAUGCUUUGUCUCCAGACCAGCCAGCCAGCCAGGAGUCUCAGGGUUCAGCAGCAUCCCCAAGUGAGCCAAAAAUCAGUGAAUCGCCAUCUCCUAUCACCACAAACACUCCAACUCAGUAUACUUCACUAUCCACUGCAGUUUCUGAAUUCUUGAAAACCCCUCUUGCUGCUGAUCAUCCUGCAUCACGCCCUCCAGCUCCUGUCCUCUCUACAAAUACUGUGUCUUCAACAAAGCCUGGGCCAGCACUGGUAAAGCAAAGUCAUCCUAAGAAUCCAAAUGACAAGCACCGAAGCAAGAAAUGUAAAGAUCCCAAACCACGGGUUAAGAAGUUGAAGUACCAUCAGUAUAUUCCACCAGAUCAGAAAGGUGAGAAGAACGAGCCACAGAUGGACUCCAACUAUGCCCGUUUGCUACAGCAACAGCAGCUUUUCCUGCAGCUACAGAUCUUGAGCCAACAGCAACAACACUACAACUACCAGACUAUUCUACCUGCACCACUCAAGCCAUUAAAUGACAAACAUAAUAGUGGAAAUGCAACUUUGAGCAAUAAUGCAUCUACAACAGGAGCCAACACAAGACAGACUACUUCUCUUCCUAUUAGAAAACCGGGACCACUGCCUUCUAGUCUGGAUGAUUUGAAGGUAGCUGAACUGAAGAUGGAAUUGAAGUUAAGGGGUUUACCAGUGUCAGGCACCAAGACAGAUCUAAUUGAACGUCUGAAACCUUACCAAGAGCUUAAUAGUGGUAUUUCCACCAGCAAUGCUGUUGCAGUAUCCACUUCUACUGUAGCCACUAGCAAUCCAGAAGUUACUAUGGCAUUCCCAGUUACAUUAAAUAAUUCUGUUGCUAGCACCAUUCCCAGUUUUAAGUCAGAAACAUCAUCUACUGGAACAAGUAGUGUGACACACACCGAAACCAUCAGUUCCCCUCUGCCUAUCUCCCCAUCUCCUUCAGAACACUCCAGUCUUAGUACUGAUGAUACUAACAUGACAGAUACUUUCACAGAAAUUAUGACUAUGAUGUCCCCCUCCCAGUUUUUAAGUUCAUCUCCUUUGAGGGUGACAAAUAAUGAAGAUAGCCUAAGUCCUACCUGUGGAGGCCUGUCAAACAUGGAAUUGGAUGUGGCUGAAAAGGACCGAAAGCUUCAGGAGAAAGAAAAACAGAUUGAAGAGCUAAAAAGGAAACUGGAACAAGAACAAAAACUUGUGGAAGUACUAAAAAUGCAACUUGAAGUUGAAAAACGGGGACAGCAGCCACCACCAGUACCCCAGCCCACUGCUAAUUCUGUAAAUAAUGUAGAUCAAAAGCAUGUCAUUCCUGCUGUUAAAGAUGAGAAUUCGCUCCCUGACUGUUCUAGCUCAAGGCAAUCAAUAUCAGGAGCCAGCCAUUCUUUAGGCCAGUCAGGAUCUACUGCUGGCCAGAACCUAGUUGCCAAAAAGGCCGUAGUUAUCAAGCAAGAGGUACCUGUGGCCAAAGCUGAUCAGCAGAACAUCAUCUCUCAGUAUUAUGUGAGUUCCCAGAGACAUCCUCAAACCACGGUUGUUGCUCAGCCUCAAGCUUUACUAACCACCCAAACUGCACAGCUGCUACUUCCAGUGUCUAUCGAGGGUUCAAAUGUUACUUCAGUUCAACUACCAGUAGGCAGUAUAAAACUACAGGCUCCACCACAAGUAGGAAUUACAACUCAGCCCCAAAUAUCAGCUCCUGUAUCUCCCUCUGGCUUAACCCAAACAUCCCAUCCAAAACAAGACAAUUUCAACCAAGUACUCAACCAGCCUCAACAAAUAAGAAAGGUUUUUCCAUCUAGCUCAGCAUCAAAUACAGUAUUUUCCUAUCAGAGAUCACCUGUAACAACAGUUCAGCAGCCAUUCAUUAAUAACACAUCCAACAGUGUUCUUCAGGCCAGGAAUACUCAGGUUCCUUCAGUGCAAAAUGGACCUAGUACUACCAACAAGCCUGGUUCUCCUUCUCAACCUCAGCAAUUUAUCAUACAACACUCUCUAUUUGGCAACACAGUCACCAAGACAAAAGAUCCCCCACGAUAUGAGGAAGCCAUAAAGCAGACUCGAAACAUACAGUCAUCUUCACAUACAGAGAUUUCCAAUGCACAUAGUCAACAGAUGGAUGACCUCUUUGAUAUCCUCAUUAAAAGUGGAGAGAUUUCUCUCCCUAUAAAAGAAGAGCCUUCUCCUAUUUCCAAAAUGAGACCAGUGACAGCCAAUAUCACCACAAUGCCAGUAAAUACAGUGGUAUCACGACCACCACCCCAAGUCCAAAUGGCACCACCAAUAUCCUUAGAACCAAUCAAUAGUUUGUCUAUCAGUUUAGAGAACCAACUAGAAGCUUUCUUAGAUGGAACUUUACCUUCAAGUGAAAUUCCUCAACUAACAACUAACAACGAGGACAGAGAAUCAUUCUCUCUGAUUGAAGAUCUCCAAAAUGAUCUACUGAGUCACUCUGGCAUGCUGGAUCAUUCACAUUCUCCUAUGGAAACUUCAGAAGCACAGUUUGCUGCAAAUAAUUCCUGUUUGUCUCUUGACCUUCCUGAUUCAAACUUAGACAAUAUGGAAUGGUUAGACAUUACUAUGCCUAGCUCCUCAUCAGGGCUUACUCCUCUCAGCUCUACUGCUCCAAAAUUUUCUUCAGUUUCAUACAUUUUACUAAGCAUGGUAAAAUUGUGUUUAUUCAUCAUUCGAUCACCCAGAACACUGGAACUCUCUGUUAAUUGGCACUUCAUAGUUUUGAAGCAACACCAGAUCCUGAAGUGCCUUCUGGAAUUGUCAGAGAUUUAAAUUAUGUUUUAGUGUAGUUUUAGUGUUGUGUAUUUUAUUUUACUUGAAGAAUUUAAAAAUUGGUAAUCCUUGCAUGUGUAGUAUCUAAUUCUUUAUCUGUUGAACCAGAACAUCCCAUUCCCUGAUCAAGUGAGAUAACAGACUCCACCAUAUUUGAUGAUAAUAUCUUUCUAGUAGAAAUCUUUCUGUUUGGAAAUAGUGAGGCAGGAGUAUUUAACUUUGGAAAGUGUUAUUAUAUGUUUGUCAUCUGGUCUUUCGUAAGGAUUUUUUGAUUUUUAAAUUGCCCACACUAAACACUAAGACUAUCUCUUUGGAAUAAUUCCUUACAAUUAGGUCAACUGCCAUGGACUGUAGGGAUUUAUCAAUUUUAUAAUUAAUAGUAGCUUUUUCAAUAUCUUUAUAUUUUCACAAUCCCUCUUUGUAAACAAAUUUUUGAGGAGUCCUGAGAAACAUGCUCAUAACAUUGUUUUUCAACCAUAAAUGAGUUAUUACAUAAAGUCAUUCACAAAAAGACAUGAUGUAGUGAAUGAAAGCACUCUCAAUAGUUUAGUUUGGAUAAAUAUGUCCUGCUGCAGUCUACUUAAGUAUUUAAGCCCUUGUGUGUCAACAGUUAGUAACUAAUCUUUAGUUACUAACUGCAUACACAUGUACCAUUCCAUUAGACCAUCUUUCACUUUAGAGGUAGCAAGACAUAAUUACAAAAUAUUAUUGUUCUACAGAAUACUAAAUCAUGUUUAGGAUCAUUGUGUUUUAAAAUGUGCAGUUGAGUAAAUCAUAGACCAAAGAUGAUAAUGUAAGAAAAUAACCCUAACCCUGUUUCAAUGUUUAUUAUAUGAAUGUACAAGGGAGGGGUUCAAGAAAAGAGUUUGUUUCCUAAAGAAAAAUUUCUAUUUAAGGUCAGUUUCAAUUAGCCAUAGUAAAAGCACCAGGUAAAAUUAAACUGUUGAAUUUUCAAUUCGCAUGUAUAUAGUUUAUAAGUGGUAUUAUAUAUCAUUGAAAAACAUUUUACAUUGCCAAGAAAAUAUUAAUUAAUUCUUGAGUGUGUUCUCCCUUAUCCCUGUCACAUCUCCUUCAUACUUUAUAAACAUUUAGUAUCAACCUUUGCUUUCUACUUUAUAUGGAUCAGGUCAUUUGGGGAGUAAACAAAAAAUAAUUUUAGCAAAAAUUUAUCAGAUUAUAUUGUAGGGGAUAUACAAUUAUCUUGUGCAUUUCAGAACAGCAUCUAUUAGAAAACCUUAUGGAAUGGCUAAAUGGUUUUGCUUUAGAGUGUUUUCCUGAAAUGUGCAAACUACUGUAUAGAAUUUGCUAUAUGUCUAUGCAUAUGUAUUCCCAAUUUGUAGAAUGAAUUCUUGCUUGAACAUUAUUUGUGUGUUUUAUAUGAAUAUUUUUGUAAUACUGAAGAGAUCUUACCUAAAUAUUUGAAAUUUCUUUUUAAAAAAUUGUCACCAACUGAUAACAUUAUUUUGCAAUACAAUUUGAAUUGCAAAAGAUAUGCUAGUACCAAGUUGAACUUGCUGCCUGCUGCCUUUUGAAGACAAGGAAAAAUAAAAUAUUUCUGCUCAAUCAUAUAAUUUAGUGAACAUAAAUGUAUUAAGAAAUACCCUAUUUUAUCAGAAUAAAAACCACUAAAAUCAAUCUCUAUUUUUGUCACCAAAGCUUAACUCAGGACAUGUUCAUACACAGCCGCUGACCAUUCCAAUCAUUGUGGCUGACUUCAAUAAAAAUUGCCAAGGGUGACUAUCAUAUAUGGCCAUCUUCAAUAAAUGAAUAAAAUGAAUGGAUGAUCUUUGUUGGAAUCUAUUCAUUUUCUGCAAAUAAACUUGGCCUUAGACAAGAGAGCUUUUGGGGGUUUUUAAGCUAUUUUAGAGAGGGACCUGAAUCUUAUAUGUAUUCUCAUGCCAUCUCUAUGGAAAAUAAUGUCAGGAACAUAUGUAGAUAGGGAUAUAACACCACCACAAAGUAAUUUAUUUUCUUUUUGUAUUCAGUAGCUAUUAUCAGCAAAGCACAAUACAAGUCUGAAGAACUAAGUAAUAUAUUAACAUUUACUUAGGAAUUUGGCUAACUACCAGUAUAAAAGUUAAUCAAUUAAAUAACAUUACUCACAAGAUCAUAUUGUCUUACCCUGUUACAUAUCACAAAAAUAGCGCUCCCCCUCCCCCCAUCAGAAUACUUUAACUGGAAGGGCAUUAUAUAAUAUAUACAUACAUGCAUAUACGUAAAAUAUAUGUAUGUAUAGAUAUAUAAAUGUGAGGUGCAGACAAGCAUAACAUUGCAUGACAUUUAUUUGAAUUGCACCUUUAAUACAGACAACUAAACUUUUAAGUAAUUUAAAUUAAAACUGGAAAAUUAACCGGAUUUUUUUUUUUCUGGGUUUAUUUUGGCUUUGUUUUUAGUGUUAAAACCUUACAUGUUGAAAUGCUCUUUAGAUAUUGUUCAUUUAAAAAUAUUUCCAGUGCAUAAUUUUUACAAUUACAAAUUCUGCAUGCUGUUAUAGCAAGUCUAUAUAUUUUCCAGGCACUUCUUCCUGCACUGUCUUAGAAAACAUAUCUUUAAAAAAGUGUUUCCACUCAAAAUCUUACAUUUGAGAGCUCUAAUUCAAAAGCUGUAAAUGUUUACAAAACUGGUUUGUUUUUCACUGCUGUUAGAAAAUAGUAUGUCAAACAUUACUAAUAAAUGUCACAAUCAUAUGACAACACAUAAUAGCAAAUUAUUCCACAGUGUGCUGUGGUCAAAUAAAGCAGAAUUUAAUAGGGUUUAUAUGCAAAGCUAUAGGAGUCUGAAUGACUUCAUGCCAACUGCUUUGAAGAUAAGGCUUUAACAAAGUAAAUACAAUCACUUAUAAUGAUACACCAAGUACCUCUGUACGUCAUGUUGUAAGCAAACUUACUCGUUUUUGUGAGAUGGGUGAGGGAAUUAUUAAGUAUCGAUCAAAAGUCCUCAUCCUCCAGUAAAAAGACAGUAAUACAAACUUGCUUGAAAGGAACCAAAGGCAUUGCCAAGAAUUAUGCCAAAAGAAGGCACUUUGUAUUUGAAAUUUGAGAAUAUCUCAAAGUAAAUCCCAAAAAGGUGUUAACUAUUUGAAGUCAAACUUUUCAUAAAGAUAUAGAUAUUCUACAAUUGUUUCCAUGUACAAUAGAGUAGCUGUGUUUUGUUGGUUUAAAAAUAUAUAUAUAUAUAUAUACAUACAUACAUAUAUAUAUAUAUUUCAUAGUAGUAACAACCUUUCCAGGUGGAAGUGAAUUUUCUUCAUUUUUUGCUUGCAGUAGAAAUGUGGAGUGUAGUAGGUGUUUCUCUUCUUAUUUUCAUAGUCACAUUGUCUUAGCAUCUCACUUUUAUGAAAAAAGAAGAAAGAUACCACAGUCUCUAGGACUCUAUUCUUUAAGCACUAGUUUAUUAAAUACAUACAUAUAUAUGCAUAUAUAUAUGUAUGUAUGUAUAAGGCAAAGGGGGAGGGGAAGUUCCUUUCAUGUAUUGCCUUUCUGUUAAAAAACAAACAAAAAAAAAAAACCAUGAUGCCUUUGUAUUUGCUGUUUGCACCCCUGAAAUUAAUUCCAUAUCAUGUUUGAAUGCCAUACAUUUUGCACAUUGUACUGUAUAUAUGUAAUGCAUACUGUAUUUUUAUAUGUGUAGCACAUUUAUCAUCAAAUAUUUUGUACAUAGUGGCAAUAUUGUAGCUAAUGAGAAAAUGUUUGAUAUCUCAGCAUUUUUGCAUUUUUGUGUCUCAAAUAAAAAAUUUUUUGAUGUACUGUGA